UGGAUUGGUAGCUCCGCGCCGGGUACAGGUCUAGUCUGCGAGUUUUGUCUGCAUUCUCUUUCAUCCAUGCACCUUGCUGGAUACCGUAUCGGCUGGUGAGCCUCUCAUCCGAUAUCUUCCACUCGUCAACUCAAACAUGGUUCGCUGCCGCAGUUUCUUUUAUUUUCCGGAGCUGUGCCACCUCGAGUCCUUUUUUGUCGCUAAGAAAAUGGAGGGCUAUGAGAGCUUACAUUACAUGGCUGACAAAAGUGGAGCUUCAAUAGUUCGAUGAAAUUAAUGUCCUAUUCACGUACCUGAUUCGGCGCGACGCACUUAGUUCACUUUCCCAUCACAUUUAAAAAGGGAAUAUAUUAAACCAGAGGGAGGAUCUUCACGAAAAUGCCCAAAGAACGCAACUUCAACCCAGUGCAAGCGCAGCGGAAAGCAGACAAACAGAAGAGCUUGAAAAAAGCCAAAUCUGAGGCGCAGGCUCGUCAGAAUGAGAAGCUCGCCCGUCGCAACCCAGAGCGCAUUCAACGACAGAUAAAUGAUCUCAAAGCGGUAGAGGAGUCCGGGCAACAACUACGGCCACGCGAUAAGGAGAUCCUAGAGGCAUUAGAGCGGGAUUUACGUGCGGUACACAAGGCCCGAGAAGCAUUAGGCGAUAAGGCGCCGAAAUUCGAGAAUGCACAGCCGCGGAGGGGCGGCUUUGGCGGCGGUAGGGGUCGCGGCGACGGUGUGUUAGGGAAGAGAAGGAGAGAUGAUCGCGGGCAAUUCGGACAGGAUAGUGAGAGCAGUGAGACGGAUGAAGAAGUUCGUCGGAUUCCUAUGCCCCGGGAUACACCGCCACCAAUUCCUCGCCAAUAUCAGAAGAAGAGAGAGGGAGAUGCAGAUGCAGGUCCUCGUGGGCCGCAUGCGCUACCAGCAAAACCGCCUGUUACAGAAUCCAGAACAGUUUAUGAAGCAAAGCCAGAGAUUAAAAAUCUACGACAAGAGGCGGUUAGGAAGUUCGUCCCGGCAGCUGUUAGGGUUAAACAGGAAGCUAUUCGAGGUCAAGGAAAGUUGCUGGAGCCGGAAGAAAUGGAUAGAUUGGAGAAAGCAGGUUAUAACGCCGGUCCCUCAGAAACCGUGGGUAAAGAUGGUCCGGAUCAACCUGAUGAUGAUAUCCAACAGCGGCUAUUAGAAGAGGAGAAACGUUUCAACCAGGAACUCAGAUCAGUACAGAUCGAGGACGUUGAAGAUGAGGAGGCGUGAUAUGUACGACAGUGUAUAAUGAUAAUAACCAGUUCUUUAUGAAGCGUUCGAGGUUUUGCAGCGCGUGGUCAUGAUUCGGAUAUCUAAGGUACACUAGACAAGACCAGGCCUCACUCGUUGCGUAACAUCUUUUCAAAAGAGAAUUUGAGAUAGGUAUUCCGCUGCUACCGCAGGGCUUCUCAGAAGAAAUAACAAA